UAGGCAUUAAUGUACGUAUACUAGUUGGUUGGUUGUUUGCUAGCUAUUUUCGUUUGAUUAUCGUAUUAUAUAGUAGCAACGCGUACCAAUCAAAAUAUGUUGUACUUUCAUAGAGUUCAUAUUGCUUAAAGUUAAAACAUUGCUAAGAGAAGAACAAAUUAAUCAAACAUGGUGAACACGGUGACACUUAUUUGGUCAUUGGGUAAAUGGACAGUGAAGAUGGCUGGUGUGAAGCCUUACAUGGUGGAGAUAGAGCCAGGUACAGUUAUGAGGUUUUGGGUUCCAUCUGAAACCAUUUCAAAACCCACCAAGCCAGUGGUGGUUCUCCUCCAUGGCUUCUCCAGCGACGGACUUACAACUUGGUUGUCACAAAUCAUCAUGUUAGCCAAAAACUACGCCGUUUACGUGCCAAACUUAAUUUUCUUUGGCGGCUCCACAACUGAUAAGCCGGACCGGUCACCGACUUUUCAAGCCGGGUGUUUGGCGGCAGGGUUAAAGAAACUCGGGGUGGAGAAAUGUGUUGUGGUUGGAUUUAGUUAUGGUGGAAUGGUGGCGUUUCAAAUGGCUGAGCUGUAUAGUGAGCUGGUUCAAGCUGUGGUUGUAACUGGCUCGAUUUUGGCUAUACAAGAGUCUAUGAUUAGUAGUAGUGUAGUGGAAAAUGUUGGGUCUUCUUGGUCGGAAAUAUUAUUACCAUCUUCUGUUGAGGGAUUAAAGUCACUUCUCUCUACUGGAUUAUAUAGAAACAUUCGAUUUCCCAACCGUGUGUUAAGUGACUUUCUUAAGGUGAUGUUCUCGAAUAGGAAGGAGAGAAGUGAACUAUUAGAGGCCUUAGAACUUAGCUACAAAGACAUCAACAUUCCAAAUUUUUCACAGCGGAUACAUCUUUUAUGGGGUGAGAAAGAUAAAAUUUUCAAACUAGAGGUUGCACACAACAUAAAAGAGAAGCUAGGAAAUAACGCAACAAUUGAAGUAAUAAAGAAGGCUGGCCACUUAGUUAAUAUGGAGCGACCCUUUAUUUAUAAUAGGUGUCUAAAGAAGUUUCUUUCGUCCAUUAUGCUUGAUGAAAUAAAAUAACCAUAUUCACAUCUAGGGGUGGACAAGACCUGCUGGACCGAACCAAACCGGUUCACCCGAACGAUUUUUUAUGUCACGGGUCGGUUUUAAAUGGA